AUGGGCAAGGCAGCCAAGGGUGCAGGCAAGGCCGCGGCGAAGGCCGCCAAGAAGGCGAAGCAGGAGAAGCUCGCGGAGCGGCGGGCGACGAAGCAGGCCAAGGGCAAAGGAAAGGGCAAGGGCGAUAUCGACCAGAUGGACGAGGACGACCUCGAUGCGCUUCUGGAACAGUACCGCACGCAGUGGGAACAGCAGCACGCUGCGGCCGAGGAAAAGGUCGGCGUCGAGCCGACACGCCGCGCCAAUGCUACCCUCACGCCAUGCCCGCUUGGCAACGAUUUGUGGCUGUACGGCGGCGAGUACUUUGACGGCGACUCGUGCGUGUUCUACCAGGACCUAUUUCGCUACAUUCCGGAAAAAAACGAGUGGCGCUCGUAUGCAUGCCAUACGCAGCCUGGACCGCGCAGCGCGCAUCAAAUGGUCGGGUCGCCGGCCAGCGGCGGCCAGCUGUGGUGCUUUGGCGGGGAGUUUGCCGGGACAAAGCAGACCUCGUUCCACCACUACCGCGACCUGUGGGUGUACUCGAUUGCGGAGCGUGCAUGGGAAAAGGUCGAGACCAAGGUACGGCCGUGCGGGCGCAGCGGUCACCGCAUGGCGAUGUGGAAGCAUUUUAUCGUGCUCUUUGGCGGCUUUGUCGACACGGGCAUCCGCACGUCGUACCUGCAGGAUUUGUGGGUCUUUGAUACGCUCGAGUACAAGUGGCACGAAAUCAAGCAAAACGACCUGCGCCGGCCCGGCGCGCGCAGCGGAUUCUCGUUCCUGCCGACGCCGGAAGGCCUGGUUCUGUAUGGCGGCUACUGCAAGAAAUACGUCAAGGGGCAACGCACGCAGGGUGUGGCGCUCGAGGAUACGUGGAUGCUGCACAUGGACGAGGACCUGACCAAGAUCCAGUGGUCCAAGCGCCGCAAGAUUGGGUACGCCCCCAACCCCCCCCGCUCGGGCUGCACCAUGGCCUUGUGGGCGAACCGGAGCACUGGCGUGCUCUUUGGCGGCGUCACGGACACGGAGCAGGACGAAGAGUCGAUGGACUCGGUUUUUCACAACGCCUUGUACGGCUACCAGCUCGCUGGCAAUGGCCGCUGGAUCAGUCUUAAUCUGCGCAAGCAAAAGAAGAAGAGAAACGACGCGAUGGACGUCGACGAAGACGACGACCCUAGGUCGAUGCUGCCGCUCGAGCGGUACAAUGCGAUGCUGGCCGUGCAGCGCAACACCUUGUAUAUCUAUGGCGGGAUCUUUGAGAGCGGCGACCGCGAGUACACCCUGGACGACUUUUAUACCAUCGACCUCUCGAAAAUGAACCAGGUCGUUUGCCUCAAAGAGUGCCCGAUCGACAAGCUCGAGUGGAAAGAGUCGGACGACGAAGACGACUCCGACUCCGACUCCGACUCCAGCUCCGACGACGACGACGACGACGACGACGAGCCCGAGCCCGAGCCCGAGGAGCAGGAGGGCGUCGAAGAGACCGUCGAGUCGGACGACAACGAACUCAUGGAGGUCGCCGAUCUCGAGCUCGAGGACAUUUCGCCCGAAGAGGCGCAGGCAAUCGUCGAGCGCCAGGCGGCGCUCCGCCGCGAAGCGACCGCUUUUAUGGGCGUCGCCAAGGACGCAAACCGCACGGAAGAAGACGUCCUUUCAACGCCGCAGCCCGGCGAAGUCCUACAGACGUUCUACCUGCGCACCAAGCACUACUGGGCCUCGCUUGCCCACACCCAGAGCGAGGGCACGUCGCGGGGCAAGCAGCUUCGCCGCGACGGUUUCGACCUCGCCGAAAAACGCUUUAUGGAAUACAAGCCGAUCCUCGACGAAAUCGAGCGCAUCCGCACCGAGGCGGAAGGCGACAUUGACGAGGCAGAGGGUGGCAUGCCGCGGCGGCCUACUGGGCCCGGCGCCGAGAGCCGCAAUCGGCGGUAG